AAAAGACUGAACUUGACAACUUGACAGUGGAUGAUGAAAUGCAUGUCGACAUGUCAAAAAGGGUUCUGGAAGAUUUGGAUGCAUUCAAGGCAAUCAGUAGCGACACAAAGAACCACACACAACUGAUCCAGGAUAAAAAGGCAAUUCUGUAUGCUGCAACAUUAUUAGACAAUGACAAUGAAACAGUUUUAAGCCUAUGCUUGGAUGUUCUGGAAAACUUCGUUGGAAAUAGAAAGACACAUGCAUUUUUAUUGGCCAUCUUCGGAGUUUACGAAGCAGUUGAGAACUUGGCUAUCAGAACUAGAGCUACAAACGCUAAAUUGUACAAGAGGGCAAAGCAUAUAACUGAAGUACUAAGAGACUCUGCAGGUCCUUGCUACAAUACGAGAAGCCGACAGAAGAAGCUCAAACAAGGAACAUGCCUGUAUUUGCUCCAGUUUGAAGGUUUAAAUCAAGACAACGUAACUAUCUUAGAGAAAGUGCUUGUGAGGAUAAAAGGAGUAGUGUCCUUUAUGAUAGAUUUAGAUCUGAGACGGUGCACGCUAAGAUUGCAUCACAGGGUUGAUUUGAUGGACGUCGCUGAAAAAGUGUACAAAAAAUGUGGGUUUAAAGUGUUUUUUGUUACGAAAGAUUUAGAAAAAGGAUCUGAAAGGCUGAUUGAUGUCAUCCGUGAACAGACAAAUGUUAAUGCUAGUUAUUUUGAAUAUCCAGAGGAGGGAUCAUUUAUUGCGAAGGAGAAAGCAAUAAUAGAACCAAAUGCGGCCUUUGUGAAAACUGGUAGUGGGAUUUUCACGUCUGUUUUAAGAUUUUGUAAUGAGAAGUUUUACUGGUAG